AUGACCGGCGUCGCCGCGAUCGUCUUUCUCCUGCAGCUCUUGCCCAAGGCGGAGGGACAGGUCUUCGCAGGUGGUUGUUCAUUUGAUGAGCACUACAGUAAUUGUGGUUAUAGUGUGGCCUUGGGAACCAAUGGAUUUACCUGGGAGCAAAUCAAUACCUGGGAAAAGCCAACAAUGGAUCCUGCUGUCCCAACUGGCUCCUUCAUGAUGGUGAACAGCUCUGGGCGGGCAUCUGGGCAGAAAGCUCACUUGCUGUUGCCUACGCUGAAGGAAAAUGACACACAUUGCAUCGAUUUCCACUAUUACUUAUCCAGCAGAGACCGUUCGAGUCCUGGCUCUCUGAACGUCUACGUGAAGGUGAAUGGAGGACCACAGGGCAAUCCCAUAUGGAACGUCUCGGGGGUUGUUACAGAAGGAUGGGUGAAAGCAGAACUUGCCAUCAGUACAUUCUGGCCACAUUUUUAUCAGGUGAUAUUUGAAUCUGUCUCUUUGAAAGGACAUCCAGGGUACAUAGCUGUGGAUGAAGUCAGAGUUCUCGCCCAUCCGUGCAGAAAAGCACCUCAUUUCCUACGACUUCAGAACGUGGAGGUUAAUGUGGGACAGAAUGCGACAUUCCAGUGCAGCGGGGGGAAGUGGUCGCAGCAUGACAAACUCUGGCUCCAGCAGUGGAAUGGAAGGGACACAGCAUUAAUGGUCACUCGAGUGGUCAACCAUAGACGUUUUUCUGCUACUGUCAGUGUAGCUGACACCUCUCAACGCAGUAUCAGCAAGUACCGAUGUGUCAUUCGUUCAGAUGGUGGAUCUGGAGUUUCAAAUUAUGCAGAAUUAAUAGUGAAAGAACCCCCAACUCCUAUCGCCCCUCCUGAGCUGCUGGCUGUCGGAGCCACGUACCUGUGGAUCAAACCCAACGCCAACUCCAUCAUUGGAGAUGGGCCCAUCAUAUUGAAAGAGGUGGAGUAUCGGACGACCACUGGGAAUUGGGCGGAAACGCACAUUGUAGACUCUCCUAAUUACAAACUGUGGCAUUUGGAUCCUGAUGUGGAGUAUGAGAUCAGAGUGCUGCUCACUCGCCCUGGAGAAGGAGGCACAGGACCCCCUGGACCACCACUCACAACGAGAACAAAAUGUGCAGAUCCUGUCCAUGGACCGCAAAACGUAGAAGUUGUUGAUAUUCGCUCCCGGCAGCUGACGUUGCAGUGGGAGCCCUUUGGUUAUGCGGUGACCCGCUGCCACAGCUACAAUCUCACGGUCCAGUACCAGUAUGUGUUUAACCAGCAAAAAUUUGAGGCAGAGGAACUCAUCCAGACUUCUUCCCACUACACCUUGCGAGGUCUUCGGCCCUUCAUGACCAUCAGGCUGAGGUUAGCCCUCUCUAACCCGGAGGGCAAAAUGGAAAGCGAGGAGUUGGUUGUGCAGACUGAGGAAGAUGUUCCUGGACCCGUUCCCUUGGAAUCCAUCCAGGGAGGACCUUUUGAAGAGAAGAUCUAUGUUCAGUGGAAGCCUCCAAAUGAGACGAAUGGCAUCAUUACACUCUAUGAGAUUACAUACAAGGCCGUUGGAUCUCUGGAUCCCAGUGCUGACCUGUCCAGCCAAAGAGGGAAAGUCUUCAAACUAAGGAAUGAAACGCAUCACCUCUUUGUAGGAUUAUACCCAGGGACUACGUAUUCAUUCACCAUCAAAGCCAGCACAGUCAAGGGCUUUGGGCCACCCAUCACAACACGGAUUGCAACUAAGAUUUCAGCGCCGUCAAUGCCAGAAUACGACACGGACUCCCCCCUGAAUGAGACUGACACUACCAUCACCGUUAUGCUGAAGCCUGCUCAGUCCCGGGGAGCACCUGUCAGUGUCUAUCAACUUGUUGUCAAGGAGGAGAAGCUGCAGAAAGCACGGAGAGCUGCAGACAUCAUUGAAUGCUUCUCUGUCCCAGUGAGCUACAAGAACGCUUCCAGUCUUGACUCACCACACUACUUUGCCGCUGAGCUGAAACCCAUCAACCUGCCCGUCACACAGCCAUUCACAGUGGGCGACAACAAAACCUACAAUGGCUACUGGAAUGCUCCACUUUCUCCUCUGAAAAGCUACAGCAUAUACUUCCAGGCUCUUAGCAAGGCAAAUGGAGAAACAAAAAUCAACUGUGUCCGGCUGGCAACAAAAGCAGUAAUAGGUAGGCAACAGGUGACCACGCGAAACCCGCCCAGCCUCUUGAGCACAGGAGCUUCCACCCAGAAUUCCAAUGCAGUGGAACCAGAAAAACAAGUUGACAGCACAGUGAAAAUGGCCGGAGUUAUAGCUGGUCUUCUGAUGUUUGUUAUUAUCCUCUUGGGAGCAAUGCUUACUAUCAAGAGAAGAAGAAAUGCAUAUUCCUACUCCUAUUACUUGCAUUCAAGCCAAUGUUUUAGGGGCCUCUCUGUCUUCUACAGGACCAGGAAGCUAGCCAAGAAGCAGAAGGAGACUCAGACCAGCACGCAGAGGGAGAUGGGUCCCGUGGCUACUUCUGACAAGACCUCUACCAAACUCAGUGCUGUUCACAAUGAAGAAGCUUUUUCUUCCAGCUGCCAAGAUGUUAAUGGAUUCACAUCACCCUCUCCUUGUUCAUUUUCUGUCCAAAGCAAAACCCUUCAGAGCAAAUCUUUGUUGAAUUCCUACUACUCAGUAUCAUCAGACACUGUUCCAUCGACCACGCUGUUAGACAGUAGCCAUGGAGAGAUGACCCAGCCAACCCUGACUAUCCAGACCCACCCGUACCGGAGCUGCGAGCCGGUGGAAAUGUCCUACCCCCGGGGGCAGUUCCAGCCAGCCAUCCGAGUGGCCGACCUGCUGCAGCACAUCACCCAGAUGAAGCGAGGACAGGGCUAUGGAUUUAAAGAGGAGUAUGAGGCACUACCCGAGGGGCAGACGGCAUCCUGGGAUACAGCCAAGGAAGACGAAAACCGCAAUAAGAACAGAUAUGGAAACAUAAUCUCCUAUGAUCAUUCAAGAGUGAGAUUGCAACUGCUGGAUGGGGACCCUCACUCUGACUACAUAAACGCCAAUUACAUCGACGGAUACCACCGGCCUCGUCAUUACAUUGCAACUCAAGGGCCAAUGCAAGAGACGGUGAAGGAUUUCUGGAGAAUGAUUUGGCAAGAAAACUCUGCAAGUGUUGUCAUGGUCACCAACUUGGUGGAAGUGGGCAGGGUAAAGUGUGUUCGAUACUGGCCAGAUGACACAGAGGUCUAUGGAGAUAUCAAAGUCACAUUAAUUGAGACAGAACCAUUGGCAGAGUAUGUCAUACGCACGUUUACUGUCCAAAAGAAAGGCUACCAUGAGAUCCGAGAGAUUCGGCAGUUCCACUUCACCAGCUGGCCGGACCACGGGGUUCCUUGCUAUGCCACGGGCCUCCUGGGCUUCGUUCGUCAAGUGAAGUUUCUCAAUCCCCCAGAAGCAGGACCUAUUGUUGUGCACUGCAGUGCUGGGGCCGGGAGAACAGGAUGCUUUAUUGCCAUCGACAUCAUGCUUGACAUGGCAGAGAACGAAGGCGUGGUAGAUAUAUUUAACUGCGUGCGAGAGCUGCGAUCCCAAAGGGUCAAUCUGGUGCAGACGGAGGAGCAGUAUGUAUUUGUCCAUGAUGCCAUUUUGGAGGCAUGUCUCUGUGGCAACACGGCCAUUCCAGUUUGUGAGUUCAGAUCCAUAUAUUACAACAUCAGCAGACUAGAUCCACAGACCAAUUCCAGCCAGAUAAAAGAUGAGUUUCAGACUCUCAAUAUUGUGACACCACGUGUUCGGCCAGAAGAUUGCAGCAUCGGUCUUUUGCCAAGGAACCAUGACAAGAACCGCUGCAUGGAUGUGUUGCCCUUGGACCGGUGCCUGCCCUUCCUCAUCUCCGUGGAUGGCGAAUCAAGUAACUACAUCAAUGCUGCACUCAUGGAUAGCCACAAGCAACCUGCUGCCUUUAUUGUAACCCAACACCCUUUGCCCAACACCAUAGCAGACUUCUGGAGGCUGGUGUUUGAUUAUAACUGCUCCUCUGUCGUGAUGCUGAAUGAGAUGGAUGCAGCACAGCUCUGCAUGCAGUACUGGCCAGAGAAGACGUCCUGUUGUUAUGGCCCAAUUCAAGUAGAGUUUGUUUCAGCAGACAUCGAUGAAGAUAUCAUCAACCGGAUAUUCCGGAUCUGCAACAUGGCCAGGCCUCAAGACGGAUAUCGCAUAGUUCAGCACCUGCAGUACAUCGGCUGGCCAGCAUACAGGGACACCCCUCCUUCCAAACGCUCCCUCCUGAAGGUGGUCAGAAGGUUGGAGAAGUGGCAGGAACAGUACGAUGGGAGAGACGGGCGGACUGUUGUCCACUGCCUGAACGGUGGGGGACGCAGCGGCACCUUCUGUGCCAUCUGCAGCGUGUGUGAAAUGAUUCAACAGCAAAAUAUCAUCGACGUGUUCCACAUAGUGAAAACGUUACGGAAUAACAAAUCCAACAUGGUGGAGUCACUGGAACAGUAUAAAUUUGUAUAUGAGGUUGCACUGGAAUACUUGAGUUCUUUUUAGCCCAGCGGAGGGAGGGGAGCCUCCGAAAUGCCAGACGCCAGUGUCUGGCAGAUGCUUCUCCCCUCUCCCACACUGGAAGGCAGUAACAAGUGUGGGAAGGAAAACCUCUCCUUCCCAGAGCAAGAGACUGAGAUUGCACAGACCUCGCUGGAAGGAGACGAUGCCUGUGUUUGCUGCUGCCUGCUUUCUAUCAGAACAUCUACUGCUUCUUAAAUAACCUACUGUAAA